AUGGAACGUUGGUCGGGAAAAGUAGCUGUCGUAACCGGCGCAAGCUCUGGGAUCGGUGCCGCGAUCGCGAAGGAUUUGGCCAAAGCGGGACUGGUGGUCGUUGGAUUGGCACGCAGAGUGGACCGUGUCGAAGCAUUGAAGGCUGAUUUGCCGGAAGCGGCUGGCGAUCUUCUCUAUGCCGUCAAAUGCGAUGUGUCCAACGAAGAAGACAUUCUGCAGGUGUUCAAGUGGGUGGAGAAGAAGUUCGGAGGAGUUGAUGUUUUGGUCAACAAUGCCGGAGUUCUCCGAGAAACGGAUUUGAUAGAGUCCGAUAAUACCAAGAUGCUUAGAGAAGUAUUGGACACAAACGUUUUGGGGCUGGUGCUGUGUAGUCGGGAGGCCUAUCAAUCAAUGAAGAAACGAUCGGUCGAUGGUCAUAUCGUGCAUAUCAACAGCAUUGUUGGCCACAAUGUGCUGAACUUUCCAAAAUUCAAUAUUUAUCCUGCUUCUAAACAUGCUGUCACCGCCAUUACCGAAACUAUGCGGAACGAACUGAGAAACGCCGGAACCAAGAUUAAAAUUACGAGUAUCAGUCCUGGUGUGGUCCGCACAGAAAUUCUACCGGAUACAUUCGUAGAUGAAGGCUAUCCAAUGCUAGAAUCGGAAGACAUUUCCGAAGCUGUUUUAUUUGCGCUUGGAACGCCUCCACGAGUGCAAAUCCAUGAAGUCAUAAUCAAGCCAGUUGGUGAGAAGUUCUAA